AUGCUAACAAGCAUGAGUAACUACGCCGCAGUCCCAAUUAGUCUUUUUUUCCUCGGUCGACUGGGAAAAACCGAGCUGGCCGCCGGUGGUCUUGCCAUUUCAAUCUUUCAUGUGGCAGGCAUUUCAAUUAUAUUUGGGCUCCUUACAGCCAGUGAAACUCUCUUUUCACAGAAUAAGGUGUAUCCGCCCCUCGUGGCGAGUAUAACCGGCAACCUCAUCAACGCUGGUGCCCACUACCUCUUCACUUUUCACAGCGAUUUCGGAUUUUUUGGAUCAGCGAUCUCGCAAUCACCGGGAUUUAUGGCACAGGCGUCAGUUGUUGCUGUCUACAUCCUAAUCUCACGCAUUUAUCGAACAACUUGGGAUGGUCUUGAGUGGUGGGUGUAUGAAUCUGGUAGCCUCCUUUCAGGACUUCGUAGGGAGCGUGCGCUAGCUGUCCAGACGAUCCUUAAUAAUGUUGAGUCUCUGCUAUACUGCACGUUUCCUUUGGGAUUUUGCAUUGCAACAACAAUACGAAUUGGCCAAUUCCUAGGGGCGAAUAAAGCAGAAGUACCAAGGUCGACGGCAUGCGUCGCUUUAAUCACAAUAGGUACUCUAGUCGACACUGCUCUAAGGAUAAUCCGAGCACGCACUGCUUCCCAUUCUACGCGUGUUCUUGCUGUUUCAGUGUUUCUUGCGAUCGUAAAUUCCGUCAUCAUCAUGCUGACGAGAUUCCAUAUUCCUCGGAUAUUUACUAACGAUCCACACCCACCAGACAGCAGUCCCACAGAAUCUAGGUCUGCUGCGAAUCAGAGCAUGGGCGGAUCCAAAACCCUCCUUCCUGCAACCCCCCUAGUUGGUGUAUGCUCCGGAAUCAUUCAUGGAGUUGGAAUGCAGCGAACCGGUGCCAUUAUCUGCAUGGUCUGCAUGUACCUGAUCGGUGGACCAAUGGGUCUCAGUCACCUGAUGCUGACUGACCCCAGCGUCUCCGGUCUGUCCCUACUCACAGCGUCUGCUGAUCUCACGUACAAUGAACACGCCAACUUUGUAGGUUUCUGGUGGGGCCUAUGUGCAGGAACGGGUGUGGAAUCCGUGGUUUACAUCGCCAUAAUCAUGCAAAUCGGCUGGAACAAGAUGUGCAGGAAGUUAAUUUCAGACGCAGGGGUGAAAAUAAACACGACUUGUGUCGGCAUCGGUGCAGAAAUAAAUUUUGACGACGUCUCGUUUUCAGGCUGCGAAGCGGACGGAAAUCAGGUUCAUCAACGGAGGGUCAAAACAACUUGA